AUGUUUCGCCCAUUAUUCCAGACAAAGACAAAGCCAAUAAACGCCGCUGUUCGUUACGACAAAAAAUUAGAUGAUGUGUUACACAAUACAUUUCAUAUUGCAGACUUUCGUCCCCAACAGCGUGAUAUUAUAUUAUCUACACUAAAUAACACCGAUACUGUCGUUAUCAUGCCGACCGGUGGUGGUAAGUCCUUGUGUUUUCAACUUCAAUCGGUCUUAACAAACAAAAUCACCAUAGUCAUCUCACCACUCAUAUCACUCAUGCAGAACCACGUCGAUGCACUUAACGCGAGAGGUGUUGUGUCGUACAUAUUCAAUUCUUCCCUUACAAAGAGUGAAGCGUCACGCGUCCUUGCUAUUCUCAAUUCAACAUCACCGGAACUCUACUUGUUGUACGUCACACCCGAGCAAAUCAAAACGCAGCGCUUUCAAAACAUUAUGAACAAGUUGAACGACAACGGCAAAAUCGGGUUGUUUGCAAUCGACGAAGCGCACUGCAUUUCACAGUGGGGCCACGACUUCAGACCGUCGUACCUUGAACUUUCUUACUUAAAGCAGACGUUUCCUCAGAUCCCCGUCAUUGCGUUAACUGCAACGGCAACUGAAAAAGUGAAGGACGACAUCAUUAAAGCACUCGGGCUUAAAGAUCCAAACAUUUUCACAUCAACUUUCGAUCGACCGAACAUCUACUUCCGCGUGUUGUAUAAGGACCUCUACGAGAAUCCACAAGAGGAGCUCUUGAAGUAUUUGACACAACAUCAACAGGAGGGGGGGAUCGUCUAUUGCUCGACCCGGAAUGAGUGUGAAUUGCUUGAAAAGUACUUGAAGAGUAAAGGGUUUCGAGUUGGGAAGUAUCACGCGGGGAUGAGUGCGAGUGAUCGAGAAAGUGUUCAAAAGAUGUGGGAGAGGAAAGAGACGGGGAUUGUAAUAGCGACUGUGGCGUUUGGGAUGGGGAUUGACCGCAGUGAUGUUCGAUUUGUUGUGCACUGGAACAUUCCGAAGAAUAUAGAAGGGUUCAUACAAGAGGCGGGGAGAGCUGGAAGAGAUGGGAAACCAGCGGAGAGUGUGAUCUUCUUUGGGAAUGAUGAUUUUUCGCGAGAUAAAGCUCUAGAAGGAGAAAAGAGUGAAGAGAUUCGAGAAUUGUGUGUGGAGUGUGUGUGUCGAAGGAAAUGUAUAUUAAAACACUUCUGUGAGACUUUAGAAAGGAAGAACGAAAGAUGUUGUGAUCUGUGUAAUGAGAUGGGAAGAGUUAAGGAAGACUUGGAAAAGGUCAAAAUUAAAUUGUCGAGAGGGAACACCCGAACAACGACAAAGCCACUGACUAUAAAGAAUCCGGAGUUCAAAACUGCGUCAGUUAUUACAGAAAAUGAACGAACAAAUUCAUUCCAGUCAGCAUCACAAUUACUCGAGAAACAAAAACAUGCGAAACGUGAGAAUCGCAGUAUCGAAAAGAAGGAGUGCGAGAGUAAACCACGGAAGUGUAAGGGAGAUGAAGGACUGAAAAGUAAUGCAACUAAGAUCACUGAUUUUUUUGGACAAAAAAAGAAGAAAUAG